GCUCGCAGUCACGCCGCAGAUCGAUUCUGUUGUCGGACGGAGCAGAACCUCCGGCCGGCGGCUUUCGCUUCUUGCCCUCCUCGUUGACCUGCACCGCAUCGGGGAGCUUAGCGGCUUGAAAGGCCAUUAUGUGCGGCAUAUCGGAAAAGAUAUUUCUUGGUAUAUCUUUUCUCUCGUGUAACAAUGACGGCGACCGGAUCUACCGGCGCCAGAAUGCUGGGGGAGAUUGAGGAAACGACGCUUGAAGAGAUACUCAAUUCGCUUCGGGUAUCCAUCGCCGCCCUCGAUGCAGAAACACAGCCUGUGACAGGCCCAAAUCCACCAUCGACAUCGAUAAUAACAACUCCCGACAGCAAACGGAGGGGACCGCCACAACCAAAAACCUUCCCCAUCGCACCUCUCAACGACCUAGCAGCCCGCCAUGGCCGCGCGACCGGCUCAGCAUUGGUGUCCAUCUCGGGCCGCCACCUCGCCCUGCUGCACCUCCUGAUCGCGACCCUGAUCGCUCCGCCGCACAGCAAGGCCGUCGUCGUGGUCGACCUCGAUGGUCGCUUCGAUCCAGUUCGGGUGCUGCAGUGCACCCCCUGGUCGUCAUCAUCGGAUGACAACGGCAACAGCAUCACCAGGCCUACGCCCGCAGACCUCGCCCACGUGCACGUCCACCGACCCGCUCGCACCUCGGGCCCGCAGUCGGCCGUGAUCCGCGCCGCCGUAGCCAGAGCAGAGCAGCAUCUCGUGUACGGCCGGCACGGAAGUGUCGCGCGAGAGUGGUGGGGGACUGUUGUAGUGGGUGGCGCCGUCAGUGCCGCCGCCGCUGCCGCCGGGGAUGGUGAGGAUGGGGUUGCAUCGGCGGCGGUGGACGUCGUGGCGGGCCCGAGAGGCUGGUUGCGUGUUGAGAGGCACGAGGUCCCUGGGUUCGGUCUGGGUAUGAGCGUCGAGGAGGCGCUGGUGGAGCGGGAGCGGCGACGGAGGGCUGUCGAGGAGGCAGGGUGGAAGGCCGGGAGCGUUUGGGGUGGCUUUGGAUUCGGAGAGGCAUAAUAUGCCACCUUGCUCGAUGGUCGUCUCGCUACUAUCUCUCGAAUUUCGGCCGUAUUGAACUUCACUUGCAAUCCGACGGCUUCGAGAAGCUACGAUACCCUCCUCCCUCCCUCCGGCAGGCGCCAGGUACUGCGCCGAGCAACACCUUCUCAAUCCUGGAACGGAUUUGUGCUCGAUGGGCGUGUGCCAUCCAUGAAAUACUGGGGCUUGGUCUUCAUCUCACCAUGCAUGCCACAUGUGGACUGGCCUGGACAGCACCGAAGAACCAGGGAAUCGCGAUAUCUACGAAUCAAACAGCUAAAGGCACCUAAACAGACGAAAGGAUGAUAAGAAUCACAAACAUGUCUAUAUGGUGACUGGCUAGUCAUCUUUAGGGAUGUUUUCACAAUGAUGAUAGUCCAUGUUUGGCAGUCACUCGGUGCAAUUGGAACAGCCAAUAACCCAAAUGAAAUAUUUUUCGAGUCCAAUACCCGAUGACUCCAGUUCGUCCGUCGUAAAGCAAUACAAUGCAAUAAAAAAAAUAAGAACAAAAAAAGCUAAGAUGGAAAAUCGAGCGAGCGAUAGUAAAUCGCGGUCCGCCACCAUGGGCAAAACCGUCGUGGUAUCAAGAUUGAAGUGAAGACCAAAUUGGAAACCACCGAGACGAAAGGGAAAAAAAGAAACGAAGGUCUCGCCUCCUGCUUAUGCAACAACCUCGAGGUGCUCAACAGCAUUCUCCUGCUCGGUCAGCUGCAUCUUAAUUCCCUUCUCAGCAGCAACAGCCGGUGCGGCCAGAGCCGCGGCCUUCCGCCUCUCCAUCUCCCUCUCGAUGCCGUGGUUGACGGCGUCCAAGACGGUGUCGACGGUGACGCGGGGCACGUACUUGGGAACGGUGCCGUCCUGGUAGACGCCAGUCUUGACCAGGAUAGAGUACCACUCGUUCUCGCUGACGGCGUCCAUGGCGUUGGUGCCGCGGAUGUCGCUCUCGGGAGUGUCGCCAACAAAGUAGACGGUCUCAGGCGGGGGUGCGCCGGAGGUGAGGCCGUGGCGGUCCUCGCGCCAGCGCUGGAGCAGACGCGUAGCGAACUCAAAAGUGGGAACCUGGGGCUUGCCGAAUGAGUGGGCGCGAAGGGUGCCCUUACCGCCAGUGACGUCGGAGAAGACGACCUCGACGAUGCGGCGGAGGGCGCCCAUGCCCAGGCGGGCGUGCUCGUGCUGGGCGGCCCAGAGGGUGUCGUUGUGGCUGAAGUAGACUGGGGGGCCCUCGUCAAAGGUCUCGGACCUGGUCUCGAGGCGGCCGCCCUUGCUCAUGGCGACGUCGAUGAUGAUCUGCAGGUCGCUGGCCCAGUCGCGGCUGUCGGCAAAGACGAAGACGGCCUCGAUGACAAUCUUGGACAGGUCGCCGCCGGUGCGGGCCAACAGGUCGCGCGAGUUGGAGUGCUCCUGAGGGGUGAGCUUGCGGAAGGGCGCCGUGGCGGCGUUGGCCUUGAUGAUGUCGCCCGGGGUGAUGACGUCCCGGAACCCGUAGCCCUCGGCCACCUCGCGGCACUUCUCGCCCUCGCCGCCGACCACCAGCACGGUGCGGUGCUCCUCGGCCAGCUCCCUCAUCGGUGUGUGGCCGCAGAUGAACUGACCGGUCGACACCUCGAUCUCGAGCUGGGCGGAGAGGUCCUUGCAACGCUCGGCCUCGGUCUUGCCGCCGCCGUUUGUGAGGAAGAUGUACGGUCUAUUUUUGGCGUGUCAGUGGACUCUGGGUUUCGGAUUUUUGUGGUGACAGGUGGGGGAGCUGGGAUGUUUUCCCACUUGGUGGGUCUAUUUUAUACUUACACCUUGACUCCAUACUUGUUCUCGCCGUUCAGGACCUUCAUGGCCUCGACCGCCUCGGGGAUGACCUUGCCUCCACGGAUGAGGACGCCGUCAAUGUCGAACGCAAACGCAAACUCCUCAGCGACAUCCGGAUCUGAGAGGGGGGUGAGGGCGGCAGUCAGGGGCGAUCCGGGGCUGUUGGGGGUGCCGGAGCCGGAAUCUGAUGCCAGAGAUCCGGGGCUGGUCGGUGUGGAGGAGUCUGAUUCUACGAGGGCGAGGCUCUUGAGCUCAUUGCGCAUCUCCUUGUCGAGCUGCUUGUCGAGUUUGUGGCGGGCUACAUCGAAGGCACCGGCGAAGCUGCUGGCCGACUGGGUCCGGACGGGGCCGGCGGGUCUUUGCGGUUGGGACGACAUUUUUUUUGGUAUGUGGUUUGUUUUGGUGGUUUGAAGGAGGUGCUGGUUUGGGAGGUUGGCUAUAGAAGAAGAAAAAAAGGAAUAGUCGUGAUGUGGAAAGCGCGAGUCCUUUUUUAUGGAAGCUCGAGAAGGCCCAGUGACGUUAUAGAGAUGAUGACGAUACUGGUGACGAUGUUGAUGUUAUCAGGCCAGCUAUGUUGCAAGUCAACUGUCAAGCAGAAAUCUUAAGUAUACUGAAUCAUGAAAGAUGCUAGCGUA